CACCUAAAGAGAGGCACGUUUUUUUCAGACUGGUGGAAAGAAAUCUCUCAGGAUGCUUCUCACUCUCAGUCUCCGCUCUGCUGCAGCAAACACUCUCUGUGCAGAUGGCUCCACCAAAUGUGAGAGAAAGUGAAGCUACCGGACGAUGUUUGGUGGUAGAGUGGUGGAGUUAAAGAGGAUGAAAACGUGGACUCCGGAGCUGAAACUGAAUCUGACUGCAGCAGGAUGUCAUCAUCUGGCAUUGAGCUCUUGACCGGUCGGGUCAGGCAGCAGAGGCAGCAGCUCCUGCUAGUGAACUUGCAUCUGCUGGCCAACCCUGGAGACUCCCUGCUGCUGCAGCACACCCUGGAUCGCCUCCUCCGCUGGCUCUGCCCGAGCCUCCGCAUCUUCCAUGUGUCAGAGAGGGCCUCCCCAUUCAGAAGUUACACCAGCCUCUGUCCUGUGGCAGGCUACCCUUCUGUGGCCAUCACCUUCUUCCUCCAUGAGGCCUAUGGAGAGGAGCGAAUCCUCAAAGUGCUGGACUUCUUUCAGCGUCCACCCUGGCAGUACCACCACACCGAGACCUGCGGUAGCCGAACCGGAGGGAUCCACAUUACCUCCAGCAGCUCCCCCGGCAAUGCCAUGCUGCGGCCCUACCUCCUGCCCAGCAGAGACUUCUAUAGUUUGGGUGCAGGCAUGCCCGUGUGGGGGGUUCGACCAGUCCACUGUGGAGGAGAAAUACUACGUGUAACACUGUACAGUGGAUAUGACAACUAUGAGGAUGCUGUGCGGCUCUAUGAGACGGUGCUGCAGCGACAGGCAGAGGAGCAGAAGACGGGCUUCUGCUGGUUCACUCUCCACACAGAGCCUGGGCUGUGCCUGCAGCUGGCUUUAAAACAGUUGUCACCAGGGGUUCGGGUGGAGCCAUGCAGCUCUGCCGUGCUGCAGUUUAGCGUGGAAGAAAUUGGCCAGCUAGUCCCUCUGUUGCCCAACCCCUGCACCCCCAUCAGCACCACACGCUGGCAGACCGAAGACCUGGAUGGCAACAAGGUUCUCUUCCAGGUGAAAACCCUGGCUCAACCUCAGCGACCUCUGACCUGUGCUUUCCCCCCGAGCUGCCCCAGCGUGUCCCCUCGAGGAAUGCAGCUCAGGAGCUCGGGACAGGGCCACAGCCUGUCACCCUGCAGCCUCACAACGCCGCUGCCCUGGCAAACACACAGGCAAGGUCACAGACCGCGCAGUGACCCUGUCCUUGAGAAGCUUCAAGGAGGAGGUGGCGGAGCAGAGAGCCAGGGAUCAGGUAGCUGCUGUAGCACCCCUCCAGGCAGCUCCUGUUACUCAUCCCAGCGCAGCAGCCCUGCACCGCCCUCAACCACCAAUCACCCCGACUCUCCUCUGCGCCCCUCCAUCACCCGUUCUCUCUCCCAUCUCCUUCUGGAAGAGGAUGAGGAGGAGCCAGAGACCAACGUAGACACAGGAGUCCCCAUCUCACUGCACUCUGACACGGCAGUCAAAAUAAUUGCUCGCUCUUCCUCCAUGGACCUUUUGAUGUCUCGCCACUCUGAGAGACCUACAGCUGUUGGUGCUUCAGCUGUUGAGGGUCUGGCCAAGGAGCUGAUUGAAUGUCUGCCACGGACACACAUACACCCUCAGGUUGCCUCCAGGACAUGGGGCUCCGCUAGAUGUACGGAUGCAGCCAGGAAGGGCUGCGGUAGCAGGACUGUGGCAGCAGGACAAAGCCCCUCCAAAGGGCCCUUCGUGGAGAACAGGACUACAGCUGAGCUGCUGUCAGCACGCACAAACAACGAGGAGCCAGUUGAUGAGUUCUUCAUCUAAAUUCCUGCUACUACGUGCAGGUAAUAAUAUUCUUGAAUGCCUAAAUGACUUUUAUAUUUAGAUCCAACUAAUUAUUUGUGCAGCUAUUGUGCUAAAAUGUAGUCCUGUAUGAAGUGUUACUAUCAGGGAACAAAUGACAGUCUAGGUUUCUCUCACAUUACUCAGCUAGGCGAGCUAAUGUUUUAUUUUUCAUUUGCCUUUUAAACAGAUGAUCUCAGGCACAUUUUGAUGUCGCUGUUGAUCGUGAUUAGAAGUCUGAUUUAGUCUGAUUGCUCUCCACAGUGCAGCACUCUCCGUCCGUUAAAAAUAUGACCUAGUGGCUUUUGAUUACGUUUGUUUAAAUGCACUUCAAAUUAUCUUUACUCUAGAAUUUGUCUUAAAAUGUAUAAAUUAUGGACUAAACCUGGCCAAAUUACUGAAUAGAGAGGACUAAGGUUUCCGUUUCUCCUCAGAUAGCCUAGAGUUAACAGGAUUUUCUAACAAUUACUUAAGCAGAAUAUUUGGAAUCUAACCAUUAGUGUGUGAAGUGUCACAAACAGCCCAAAUGUGUCCUGAGACCUCAGAAAUGUUAAUUACUGUAAGGCUGUAAGCUGAGGGAUCAGCAGACAGAUUAAUUUAAGUGAAAACGUAACCAUGUAUUGGACAACAGAUGGUAGUCAAACCCUCAAUAUUUUUGCAUUUUGAUCAUUGUAGUGGUAAUAGUUGUUUAGAGACCAAUCUGAUAAAAGAUAAUAGUGUAUUGUGAGGAGUGCAAAAUACUAUGCAUUUAAUGACUCAGGUCAUAUUAGUCUCUUCUCCAACACAGAUUACUUUACAUCUUCUUAUGUUGACUAAAACUUUCAAUUGUGGCCAAGGACCUUCUAAACUUAAACCACUCACAGAUAAAUGUGAAUCUGGUAUUCACUGGUGCAUUAUGGAAAAUGCUUGAUCAAAUGUAUACAAUUUAAGGUUAUACUGAAUGAGCAGAGGCCUGUACUACCAAGUGAGUUCAACAUUAUCUGGCUUAAGUAACCCUAACAAACGCGAUCCCGCUAAAUGGUCCUACGACGGUGGUUAUCAACUCGGUAAGACAACCCAGGGUUUCUCAAUCUGGCUAUGAACACAUUCACCCAGAGUUAAACCUGAAGUUACCUCGCCAGCCCCAAAUCCUGCUUCGUAGUACAGGCCUCUGCUCACUGGUCAGCAGGACAGUACACAGCGGCUCGCAGUUGUGAAUGUUUUAACUGUUUACUGUAAAUGAGUGUUAUUGGAAAAAAGGCUCAGUGAGGAAGCAUCAACUGUGAGUCUCCUUAGUGUGUAAAAUGUUCAGUGAAGCAGAGAAAUGUCUUGAGGCUUAGUAUUAAAAGAUAAAUGAACAAAAAGA